AGUACCAAGACCCUUUCAUCUGACCUCUUUCUCUUACUCAUAUAUUCUCAAGUUCCCACCAUCAUCAUCUUCACAAAUGAGACCAAUAUGAGAGAGAUAGGAGAGGAUUCAAACUCUAAACUUGGUUGCAAGGGUUAACGAUGAUCUCUCCUAUUAAAGCUCUAUGCCCCACAUCACAGUAUUCAAUUCUAUCAAUUUUAUUAUUAUCGAUCACUUAAGUUACAAGUCCGGUUCACGAAUCAGUAUUUACUAUUUAAGUUAUUCUCAAAUUAUAUAUUCAGCUCAGGAUCUCAUAAAUACCUCUACUUUAGUCUUAUAACACUGGUCUCUCUCUCUCUCUCUCUCUCUCUCUCUCUCUCUCUUUGGUGGGCUAGCUUUUGUGGAUGAAACAAGUUCAGUGCUGGGUGUGGCUCAACCGCAGGAAAGAGAAGAUCUUGAACUCAUCAUCAGCACCAUCAAUGAACUCAUCAGCACUCAUGAGUGGUAGCUCAUCAACAACAUGGGAAGAGAAGGCUUUUGCUGAAGAUGCAGCAGGGCAUGGUCCUCUUGGUGGUUGCAUAUGGCCUCCAAGAUCUUACUCAUGCAGUUUUUGUAUGAGAGAGUUCAGGUCAGCUCAAGCCUUGGGUGGCCACAUGAAUGUCCACAGGAGAGAUAGAGCUAGACUUAAACAAUGCUUUAACCCUAAUAUUAUUGCCACUACACAUGAUCAUCAUCAUGUCCCACAUCAUCAUCGUCAUCAUCAUAUCCAUGAUGUACAUGAUCAUCAUCAUCAUCAUCAUCAGCCUAUAGCCUCAUCAGGUCACAAUCUUGACCCUAAUAAUAUCUCGUCAAUAUCAUGUCCUUUCUCUUCACCACCUUCUUCUAGGGUUCCCCCAUCUGCAGCUAAUUUACUAGCUAUUCAAAAGGAGAAUUCAGGUACUGAAGAACCAGCUUUUUUUCUCUCUCCUCCUUUUUCUUCUACUACUACUGCUACUGCAGCUCCAUCUUGGUCAUCAGAUAAUUCAAAAGCUGAUAACCAAUUGGAAAAGGAGAAUAUCAGGGAAGACUCCAUAUCCCUUCAAGGUAAUUAUGAUCAUGGCGAUCACUUUAAUGUGGAAACCGACUUGUCGGUGGGCUUGAAUAUUUCGGCUGUCAGCAGAAGCAGAUCACAAGGUGGUUCUUGUGGGGAAGAAGCAAGCAUAAGUUGUAAGAGGCCUAGGAAUACUACUAAUAGAGCUACUUCUUCAUCAUUUCCAUUUAUUCUACAACCAGAAGUAGAGGUAACUAGAGCACUUGCGGCAAGCUCCAUGGAAGAUUUGGAUCUUGAGCUCAGGCUUGGUGACCCUCCCAAGGUGAAAUGAAAGUGUAUAGUUGGCCUGGCCAAUCGGCAUGCAGUUGUAUUAUUGGCUAGCUAAUCAUCUUGAUCAUGUUAAUUGUUGCAGUUAAUGUUUUAAUUAGUUUUUAGGAGAGAAUUAGAAGAAAUUAAUCAAUUUCAAUUUCUGUUUUUUCUCCUCAACCUUUUUCCAUCUCUUUCUUGGAAAAACCCUUAAUUAAAGAUUCAAGGGUAACAGAACAUGCCAGAUUGAGGUUCCAUGUGCACAUAAUUGAAUUCAAGAUUAAUUGAUUGCACUUUA